UGGAAAACUUAGUAACAUCCUCAGCAGCCAAAAGUAUGGUGCAGCUUGAAAAGAUGAUUAUCGAAGACUGUGAGUUGAUGGUUGAAAUAGUAGCAAAUACAGGAGAUGUUGAAAAAGAUGAAAUUGUUUUUAGUAAAUUAAAGUCCCUAUCACUUUUUAAUUUAGAAAGCCUCAGAAGCUUUUGCUCUGGAAAUCACACCUUCAAAUUCCCAGCUUUGGAAGAGAUGACAGUGAAAAAAUGCCCCAAGAUGAACACUUUCUCUAGAGGAGUCUUAAACACACCAAAAUUGGCCAAAGUGAAGGAGACUUGGUAUGCCGAAGAAAAGCAUUGGGAGGGUGACCUUAAUACAACUAUACAUCAUCUAUUCAAGAAAGCGGUAGGUCAAGAACUUCCAGACAGCUCUUCCAAAAGUGCUUGAACUACAUAUAUCUGUCAUAUCUAGAGCACGCCUGAGGUGAGUUUUUAGUUAUUCCACUUGAGAUUAUCAUAAACAGAUCAGUGCAUUAUUAAUGUAUUAAAUGGCUGUAAACAGAGCAGUAAGUCUUACUCAUAGCCUGAUUUUUAAUUGAUGAUAAAUCAUGUGAGACAUCUAUGGGGGAAUCAAUAAACUCCUGAGCAUACAGCAACUACUAUAUCAGAACUGGUAAUUAUCUUAACGUGUCACCAUAAAACAUCAUAUGGUUAUAUAGAAAUAUUUACUCAAAUUUUCAAUUUUCUUCAAUCAAAAUACUAUCAUCAGUUUGCAGUUUAAAGACAUCUCUCCACUGAUCAUGCUUUUUCACUUCCAAUACAUUUUGCCAAAGAUUCAGAACGUUCACAGUAUCAAACGCUGAUUUAGGUCAAACUUCAAGUAGUAAGGCCUUUAUGUAGUUUUUUGAGGCAUUGCAGCUCGUGUUCCUCUGCUUUAAGUCAGACAAUGAGAGGGCCAUCUUUUUUCAACUCCAAUGUUCUGCUUUUGGGCUUUCCUUCAUUGAGAUGUUGCUGGUGUGAAAAUGUAACAACGCUUAUUUCCAUCACUCAUCAUUUGAAUUAGAGCCUUGGAAUUUCAAGGUAU